GACUCACUGCCUCUCUCACACUACCCUUUCCCUCCUUUCUCCUCCUUCUUGUUCUACGCGUUUCUCCGGCGUUGAUACGUCGUCAUGUUGAACAAAACAGGCACACUGACUGCGCUUUUUGCCAUCGCUUCCUCUUUCGUCGGCUCGGUUUAUGCAAUUUCGAAAAUCACUAGGUCUGGCAGAUACCUUUAUGAAGAGGGAGGUACCAGGUUCUACAUCAAGGGUAUAGCAUACCAAGAACAGGGCACCGUCGUCGCGAGCACUGACAAUGCUUUCGGAGAGCCCUCGACCUUCAUUGAUCCCCUCAGCUCCGGUGCUGCGUGCAGUCGUGACUUGCCCUAUCUUCAGCAGCUCGGCGUGAAUACCAUUCGCGUGUACAGCGUCAAUUCCAGUCUCAACCACGAUGCCUGCAUGAAGACGUUCAGCGACGCCGGCAUAUACACGAUAAUUGAUCUCGCGCUCCCUUCGAAUGGUUCUAUUGACCGUACCUCCCCCUCUUGGUCGACCAACAUCUUGGACCAAUACCUCAGGACCAUUGAUGUGUUUGAUCAGUACGACAACAUCCUCGCUUACAAUGUUGGCAAUGAGGUCGUCAUAGCAAAUGGUACAGCAGUAGCCCCUUAUGUAAAAGCUGCGGCUCGCGACAUCAAAGCUUACCUGCAAUCCAAGUCAUCGUCCGCCCUGGUCGGUUAUUCAUCCAUCGACGGUGACACGAGUUUCCGCCUUCCUCUUGCAAACUUUUUCUCUUGUGACCCCUCAGGCGACAACUCGGGUGCGACGGCCAUCGACAUUUACGGUCUGAAUGAAUAUGCGUGGUGUGGAAAUUCCACUUUUGAAGCUUCUUAUGCCAAUAUCGAGGCGGAUUAUUCAGGAUACAACGUCGUGGCAUAUUUCAGUGAAUUCGGCUGCAUAACCGGCGGGCCACGUUUAUGGACGGAAACUCAGGCCUUGUUCAGCUCCGAGAUGUCGGACGUCUGGUCUGGAGGAAUUGCCUUUUCCUAUUUCCCUGCUACGAGUGUCCAAGGCCAAUUCGGCAUGGUGAACAUCUCUUCCGAUGGAAGCAGUGUCACCACCGGGGAUGAUUUUGCUCGCCUGAAGACAGAAUACGGCCAGAUCAGCCCUCCCAACAGCCCUUCACAGUCGUCUGCUACCACUACCUACCCGGCGUGUCCGACGACGAAUGAUACCUUUGCCGCUUCAAGCACCUUGCCUCCCACGCCCAACGAGGAUGCAUGCAAUUGCUUGUAUCGAUCACUUGAUUGCCAGUUCACACCGGCUACUUCGAACUACACCGCUGUUGUGGGUGAAUUGAUCAACACAGCAUGCAGUCUCUUGGGCUCUUCGGGCGGGUCUUGCGACGACAUUGGUGGCAGUGGUGCGAAUGGAACAUACGGACGUCUUUCCGGCUGUGAUCCCACGAUUAAACUGUCGUACGUCAUGAGCGAAUAUUACGAGCGCAACAACAAAGACGCGCAGGCCUGCAGUUUCUCUGGAAAUGGUACUGUCAACAGCGGUGCAUCGAACGCUGUGGCAACAAGCGCAGCAACCUCAUGCGUGUCUAACCCUUCUGCUACCUUCGUUCCUUCUUCUCCUGCUACUCUUGCCGGCAGCAAUGGAGGCAGUUCCUCUUCCUCCACUGGUAGGUCCGGAUCUUCGGGCUCCAGUGGUAGUGGCUCGAAUGGUGCGGUUGAAUUUGUUGCCGACCGCAACGUUGUCUUUGGUGUCUUUGGUGCCGUUGCCAUUGGGGUUGUCAGCGGUGUUUGGACUCUCCUUUGAAGAAAAAAGUAUGGCUUUUGGACGACUUCUGGACUUGAUACCGUAGCGCAUUCUACAACGGACUGUAUACCAAAUGUUUAAGUCAUAUAACGCAUAAUUGCUUCAUUCGUGCCGUGAG